AAGCACAGAACGGGCAGAUGGAUACACACGGCAAAUCAUUCAGUCCGAUUACUGAAGUUUACGCAAUUGUGAAGGGCUCUGAACAACAUGGGGGACAUCUGAUUUUCAUGCAGUAUGGUAUACUCUUUUUAUUAGUGCGCAUUUAUCUACGAAAAAUGAAUUAAUCGCUGUUAUCCGCAGAAAGAAAUAACGAUACUCUUUAUAUAUGGAUAUGUUGCGCGUGUUCAGUAAGCUAUCGGUAUUUCACACAGACGACACAUUUACGGCUGAACUGACAGUUCUUCCGAAAUAAGACAGUCAGCUGAAGUCAAUACAACAAAGAUGCAUCGCUUAUAGAGGAGCGGGGACGGCUGGCAAAGGAUCGAGUGCUGCUGAUGGUUAUCGCAGAGGAGUCACACAUGCUACGAGAGGUAGUGAAUGGGGGACAGGUGAUAUUUGUAAAUUGCUGUCCAGGAGGGUCCAUUGGAGAGGAGAGGUGACUUUGACCGGAUGCACAUAGCGGAGCGUGCAGUGUGGCUUUGACCAUGAGCCGGCUUAUGUUGGGCCGGACGCUGGAGCGGAUCUGCAAAGCUGUGCUGCUGCUCUGCCUGGUGCACUUCCUCAUCAUGAUGAUCCUCUACUUCGAUGUCUACAGCCAGCGCUUCGACAUCUUCAGCCGCUUCAACAAUGGUCGUGGAGCGAACAGCUCACGAGGACCACCCCACUACUACUAUAAUUUCUCCAGGCCCAACACUACUUUUGCAAGUUACCUGGCCACGACUGACCAUCUCCUGCCCAGUGCCAAGCCAGAGGCAAACCACACACCACCAACCCCUAAGCCAUUACCACCAUGUCCGGAGGUACCUCCUGGUCUGGUGGGGCGUCUACUCAUCGAAUUCAGCUCCCAGAUAACCCUGGAGCGGGUGCAGAGAGAGAACCCUAACGUGACAGAGGGGGGCAAAUACAUGCCACCGGACUGCUGGCCUAAGCAGAAAGUGGCUAUCAUCAUUCCAUUCAGGCACAGAGACAACCACCUGAAAUACUGGCUACACUACCUGCACCCAGUCCUGCGCAGACAGAAGAUCGACUAUGGCAUCUAUAUCAUCAAUCAGCUUGGGGAGGAAACCUUCAAUAGGGCCAAGCUUCUUAAUGUUGGCUACACAGAGGCUCUGAAAGAUGCGGAAUACAGCUGCUUCAUUUUUAGUGAUGUGGACCUGAUCCCUAUGGAUGACCGGAACCUCUACCACUGUUACGACCAGCCACGCCAUUUUGCCAUUGCCAUGGACAAAUUUGGCUUCAGGCUACCCUAUGCAGGGUACUUUGGAGGGGUGUCCGGCCUUAGCAAAAAACAGUUCCUCAAAAUCAACGGCUUCCCAAACGAGUACUGGGGCUGGGGAGGAGAAGAUGACGAUAUUUACAACAGAAUCACACUAAAUGGGAUGAAAGUGUCUCGGCCUGACGUGAGAAUCGGCCGCUACAGGAUGAUCAAGCAUGAAAGAGACAAGCACAAUGAACCAAACCCCCAGAGGUUCAGUAAGAUUCAGAACACCAAGAACACAAUGAGGAAAGAUGGAAUCAGCUCGCUGAUAUACAAAGUGGUUUCUGUGAAGAAAUACCCACUCUAUACCAACAUUUCCGUAGAGAUUGGCAAGCCUCCUCCCAGACCCAUAAAGGGAUAGAGAACUACUGUACCAAGUCUUGACCAGGGAUACCAUGUCCUCCCUACAGUUCAGUACACAGACACACACAUACACAGACUCUGGGCCAUCUUCCUACUGUAUGAUUACAGCAGUGAUAUGUUGAACAGGUUAGUUCUCAGGAAUACAUUGGGCCUUGGAAGCUUGAUGUGGAUCCAUUGAUGUAGAUUCAAAUCCAGAUCGAGAUGUGCACAUAGCAUCUGGAUUAAAAGGAAUAUCAUGAUUAUACUCCAGUGGAUCUUCUGUUCAGACCUAGAGGAUCGAAACAAGCUCUAAAGCGAGACUUUAGAGAAUCUGAUUUUGAAAAUCUGAUUUUGGUGAGUGACAUUUGAACAUUUCUCAGCAGAGAACAGGUCACUUGAUGUAAAUCAGAACAUACUGUACAUUUCUAAAGUGAAUGUGUCUUUGUACCUGCGAUUACUGCAGAGUUCAAAUCUCAUUCAAAUCUCAUUCAAAUGAUGGAUCUGAGGUUGAUAAAUUGGUGCUUGAAGGCUCCUUGGAUUAUCUUGGGACUUUGAUCUAAGAUAGAUUUUGUCGAGCAAGAGAAAACAUGCAUUUCUAAGGAUAAAUACUUCUUUGAGAUGUAGGAUAAUUUCUUCAUGCUGACAGUUGUGUGAUAUGAUUAGACUGGAUCUGGAUAAAGUCCAACAAGCACAUGACUGUGUCAGUCAGCUUAGUAUGAAUGGAUUGCUGGUCAUCCUCACUGGAUCAUCUGGCUGCUCUAGACGUCUGGAAAAAUGGCAAGAACUUUCCCUGGGAAAUAGAGGAGAUAAAGUUACUGAUGAUCAAACAUCUGUAUCUAUCACCACCUGCUCAACAAAAGACUGCUACAAGCUACCAUUUCUUUAUUGUUUACUUGCGUUUGCCUCAAAGACUCAUAUUUAGGUCUGUCAUAUCUCAAGGCUUUUUAAAAUCUUGAAGGAUGCGGUUGUUGGUCAAAUAAUGCCCCUGUUGUUCAGUAUAAGGGUCUCAUGCUCUUUGGAUUUUGAUGGUAAUCUACAGAGAUGAUAAUUAAAUGAUGCUCGUAUUAAUGAGUGAUGGGUCUCUAAUAUCCAAAAAUAUUCACCUUUUUCUAAACGAUCUGAAAUGCGUUGAGAUGCUUUCCUUUAGAUGUGGUUACACUAGGCUUUGAGCAUGCAAAAAAUACUUCAAACCAGGCAACAAGAUAUUUUGAUGUACUUUAGGGCUUCUGAUUUUCAUAAAUAAUCACAAAUAACAAAUAAUAGUACAUUCAAUAUACUAAAUAUACACUCACUUAGCACUUUAUUUGAAACACUGUAGUCCUAAAAAAAUGCCCAACAUGGUCUUCUGCUGUUGUAGCCCAUCCACCUCAAGAUUUGAUGUGUUGUGCAUUCUGAGAUGCUAUUAUGCUCAUUACAAUUAUACAGAGUGGUUUUCUGAGUUACCGUAGCCUUUCUGUCAGCUUGAACCAGUCUGGCCAUUCUCUGUUGACCUCUCUCAUCAACAAGGCAUUUCCAUUCGCAGAACUGCCGCUCACUGGAUGUUUUUUGGUUUUGGCACCAUUCUGAGUAAACUCUAGACUAGAGACUUUUGUGCGUAAAAAUCCCAGGAGAUCAGCCGUUACAGAAAUACUCAAACCAACCCGUCUGGCACCGACAAUCAUGCCAUGGUCGAAAUCACUAAGAUACAUUUUUUUUCCCCAUUCUGGUGGUUGAUGUGAACAUUAACUGAAGGUCCUGACCCGUAUCUGCAUGAAUUUAUGCAUUGAACUGUUGCCACAUGAUUGGAUUAUUAGAUAAUCUCAUGAAUAAAUACAGUUGAAGUCAGAAGUUUAAAUACACAUUUGCCAAAUACAUUUAAACUCAGUUUUUCACAAUUCCUGACAUUUAAUCGUAGAAAACUUUCCCUGUCUUAGGUCAGUUAGGAUCAGUACUUUAUUUUAAGAAAGUGAAAUGUCAGAAUAAUAGUAGAGAGAAUUAUUUAUUUCAGCUUUUAUUUAUUUAAUCACAUUCCCAGUGGGUCAGAAGUUUACAUACUCUUUGUUUGUAUUUGGUAGCAUUGCCUUUAAAUUGUUUAACUUGGGUCAAAUGUUUUGGUAGCCUUCUCACAAUAAGUUGCUGGAAUUUUGUCCCAUUCCUCCAGACAGAACUGGUGUAACUUAUUCAGGUUUGUUGGCCUCCUUGCUCACACAUGCUUUUUCAAUUCUGCCCACAAAUUUUCUAUCGAAUUGAGCUCAGGGCUUUGUGAGUUUGUGCCUCUCCAAUACCUUGACUUUGUUGUCCUUAAGCCAUUUUGCCACAACUUUGGAGGUAUGCUUGGGGUUAUUGUCCAUUUGGAAGACCCAUUUGCGACCAAGCUUUAACUUCCUGUCUGAUGUUGUGAGAUUUUGCUUCAAUAUAUCCACAUAAUUUCCCUUCCUCAUGAUGCCAUCUAUUUUGUGAAGUGCACCAGUUCCUCCUGCAGCAAAGCAUCCCCACAACAUGAUGUUGCCACCCCCAUGCUUCACAGUUGGGAUGGUGUUCUUUGGCUUGCAAGCCUCACCCUUUUUCCACCAAACAUAACAAUAGUCAUUAUGGCCAAACAGUUACAUUUUUGUUUCAUUAGACCAGAGGACAUUUCUCCAAAAAGUAAGAUCUUUGUCCCAAUGUGCACUUGCAAACUGCAGUCUGUUUUUUUAUCGCGGUUUUGGAGCAGUGGAUUCUUCCUUGCUAAGCAGCCUUUCAGGUUAUGUCGAUAUAGGACUCUUUUUACUGUGGAUAUAGAUAAUUGUCUACCUGUUUCCUCCAGCAUCUUCACAAGGUCCUUUGCUGUUCUUCUGGGAUUGAUUUAAACUUUUCGCACCAAACUACAUUCAUCUCUAGGAGACAGAAUGCGUCUCCUUCCAGAGUGGUAUGAUGGCUGCUUGGUCCCAUGGUGUUUAUAUUUGCGUACUAUUGUUUGUACAGAUGAAUGUGGUACCUUCAGACAUUUGAAAAUUGAUCCCAAAGAUGAACCAGACUUGAACCAGACCAUGAUUAUUUUUCUGAGGUCUUGGCUGAUUUCUUUUGAUUUUCCCAUGAUGUCAAGCAAAGAGGCACUGAGUUUGAAGGUAGGCCUUAAAAUACAUCCACAGGUACACCUCCAAUUCAGUACACCUCCUAUCAGAAGCUAAUUGGCUAAUUGUCUAAAGGCUUGACAUAAUUUUAUGGAAUUUUCCAAGCUGCUUAAAGGCACAGUUAACAAGUGUAUGUAAACGUCUGACCCACUGGAAUUGUGAUAUAGGCAAUUAAAUGUGAAACAAUCUGCUUGUAAACAUUUGUUGGAAAAGUUACUCAUGCACAAAGUAGAUGUCCUAAACGACUUGCCAAAACUAUAGUUUGCUAAUAUUAAUUCUGUGGAGUGGUUAAAAAAUGAGUUUUAAUGACUUCAACCUAAGUGAAUGUAAAAUUCUGACUUCAACUGUAGGUGUACAGGUGUUCCUAAUAAAGUGCUUAGUGAGUGUAUAUGCAUUCACAUUUAUAAAAAUACAUAAAUUCAAAAAUAUUUUAUCUACCCACUAAUUUUCCUACUAUUCCACUACCUACUAUAUAGUAUCUAUCUACUUCACUUAAACCAUGCAGCUUUUAAGUACAAAGUGAAAGAUGAAACAUAUUUGCUUGUCUUGAGGUUCAACUGUCCCGUGUUGGAAUGCAUUUGAAAGAAAGUGAAUGGUGCAUAAGGUCUACUGUGACCACACCUUUAGUGAUACUUUGCAAGUCACCUAAAGUUGUUUUUAUUUUGGCGUUACCAUAACUUACAGAUACUCUUCCUUCUUACUUUUAUUUUACUGCCUGAAAACACCAAGUUAAUGCCUUCAGUUGUUUUAUGAAGGGUAAACGUGAGGGGAGUUCAAGCAAUUCUUUCUCACUUAUCAGCUUUCCUGCUCUGUGUGUGGACAGCUCAUUGUGCUACUAAUGAUUCUUUCAGCUCAGCACAAAAGUCAUUAAAUGAGAGCCCAGCCGCUCUUUCUGUCCUUUAAAAAAAAGCCUUUUUUUAAAAAGUACACAUUUUCCUCAUCUUUUUUCUUUCUGCUUUUUAGCCUCACCAACCCAUUUCAUUUCAGUGCGUGCAUUUGUAUGCUUGCUGCAUUGUCUUAACUGCUGGCCCAAGCUGAAAACACUUGUGGUGCUUGCAUUGCCUUUCUUUAAGACAUCUACUUCAUCACCUCUGUCUCAUUGGUACAGCUACCUGUCUUUUGUAAGUACAUCACUGCUGCCAUCACUACUGUAUACAUAUUCACCAUCAGGCAAAAUAGCACCCUGCUUGACUGCUAAAUCAUACCUGACACAAUUUUCCUCUCAUAUUGAUUUUCUCGAUUAAUAGCCUUAAAGAUGAAGCAGAGUCCAUAUUCUAAUUUAUUUUUUGAAAGAUGGAAGCCCUUUAUUGAGCAAAGCCCACUCUGUUCACAAUACUGUAAGUAUAUUCAGAAAUAUUCAUUGAUUAUAUUCAGAAAUAGUCCCUCUUGCUGUGGCCUGCAUUUAAAAUGCUGACAGCAGUGUUGUAGAAUGCAGUGUGAAUCUUGAACCUUCAACUUGUGAAUGAGAUUUCAAGCCAAUCUCUGAAUUAAAAAGACAUUUUUCUCAUCCCAGAAUGUCUUUGCAAAUGAAAAGGAAUCUGUUUCAGUCUGUGAGAUAUUAUUUCCUUUUUGAGUUCUUGUAUCAAGGCACAUAUUGAAUUUGAAGGAGGAGAAAACGUUACAUUUCCAUUAAAUUUGCAAAAUGGUUUAUGGUCAGUUGAACUAAUCACACAUUUUUAUUUUUGUUUGGUGGCCUCACACACUGUUGCAUGCAACAGGUCAGGCCUCACACAGCAUGUAAUAUAAUGUUUAGUCAUUUUUCCUGGCUCUUUUUGUUUUUAUACCUUUCUUUUUAAAGUAUUCUUGUGAGACCAUGUAUUUGAAUGGUGAGAAUUCUGUAUAUGUGGUACUUACUAGUAAGGACAAUGAUGAAUUUAUUUAAAUUUAUUUAAAGGAAUGUUCUGGGUUCAAUACAAGUUAAGCUCAAUUGACUAAAUUUGUGUCAUAAUGUUGAUUACUGCAAAAAAAAAAAAAAAAAAAAAAAAAAAUUAAAAGAAAAAAUAAAAUAAAAUGUGGCUCACCCCUUUUAUUAAAAAAUAUAAAAUAAAUCAAAAAUAAUUAUUACAGUAAGACACGUACAGUGGAAGUGAAUUGGACCAGUACAUAAAUGUUAAAAUACAUUCUGUACUGUUUCAAAAGUAUAUACACAAGAAAUUGAUCCAUGUUAUGCUAACAUUGUUUUAGUGUGAUACAAUCACUUACUAAUAGUGUCUUUGUAAAGUUAUAUCCAAUAUUACACCUUUGUUGUCAUGACGACGUAACACUGGUAAACCCUGUAAUCUGGUAAAAUGCUGUAACAGUAAAUCCCUGAUUUUAUCACAGUGAAAUCAUGUUAAAAUGUAUAAUGUUUACAUCUUGUGUCUAUACUUUUGAAACUGUUUGUAUUUUUAAUGACUUUUUUAUUUUUAAAUAAACGAGGAACGAGUCAAAACUAUUUUUGUUGUAGUAGACAUUAUGCCACAAAUGCUGUUAAUUAAACCUAAAAAAAAAUUGAAACCACAACAUUACUUUAAUCAGAAUGCCCCAAUGGCAAGCAAGCUGCUUUGACUACAGUGUAGAUAUAGAAUAGCAUUGUUCUUUAGUAUUUUCUGAUGGGAUUAGAAUGAUGUUGGAAAUGGCAGUUUCAUUGUAGUUUAUGAAAGUGUAUUCAUUUCAAUCAUCUGAUUGUUCCAUCCACAUUAGCUGCUUUUAUUUCUAAUUACAUUGUGCCAACAAUGCAAUCAAGUGAAGCUCGCACAACUCUCAUUGCCAACGUUGCAAAGCACAAACACAGUCCUUAAGGUAUGGAUGCUAUAUUUACUGUUCACUUAAGCAAAUCUUGCUUUAUGGUUUGCUAAAUCACACUGAUGUUAUAACGAAUGCAGAUUUUUGUUUGGAUGCCGUUCUUUAAUCGCAUCCUUGGAUCAGCAAACCCUCCCAUUCUGAGAACUCAUGCACACAGACUUGUGUGUGAACCUCUCCCUCUUUCCUCGAAACGCCCUUUUAAAAUCUGUGCCACCUUCCCCUCCCCACCCUUUCCCCCCUUAAUCGUGCACCAGAAAGCACUCAAUCUGUGCUUGUUAGUUGUUUAUCUGAGAGUGGGGCAGAGGUGGGCAAGUAUUCUACAUUUUACAAUGACUUACAUAAGAAAUUAGAUAGUCCUGACGGCCACAGGUCUUCAAGCCUGUGGCACAUUUUUAAAGACUUACUGUGUCUAUCAAGGUUUUUUGAACAUUGAAUGUCAUAAAUACUAUAUCUUAUAUAGAAUGCAGUAUCUCAUAUCAAACAUACUUUUUUUGUAUACAAUCAAUAAAUCUGAAGCUACAAGAGUCUUUUUCUGAUACUGUGCUACUGUUUGUUUUCUUUCUCUGGUGGAAUGAAUAUAAAACGUCAUCUAUGUAG